AUGGCCACACUGUUGGCAUCCCGGCAUCAGCUCCGUCUCCCGGCCGAAGCACUGCGUUUCCGCUCUCCUAUCACCAGCCAGUUCAAUCGAUUAACGUGGGAUGUGAAGCCGUCUCUUCGAUAUACGACUAACUCCUCGAAGCAGGAAGAUGGAGGAAAGGAUGUCCCGAUCGGACUAGCGGAAGCUUUACGCGACCGAUACGUGAUUCCAAUCAAGACGAUCUACGCAAAACUGGCGGCGAAGAAGAACAGUGUCAAUCAGACGGCGGCUCGGAUGAAGAACGAGAAUGACGUUGAUGAUGAGCCAGAAGGAGAAGCCCGGCGGAGUGCACUGGAAGAACCCAGCAAGCAGCCGCUGCCUAACUCGAUUACCGAGGCUUGGAAGAUCGGCCUUCAAGGCACUGAUCCCCGCCGGUUCUCGCGUCUCAGAUCUCGAGCCGCUAUCCCGCUCGUCUCGCCACAGCCUCAGGAACGUAGUCCCCUGACCAGUGCUGAGCCGCCCCCGGCCGAACUUUUGUCCCCUUCCUCGCCGGAGCUUGGGGACGGUGACAAGCCGGGGGCCCAAUCGGCCAAGAAGAAAUCAUUGCUUGAAUCUUACUUAGCCCUCGAUAAGCGGUCCCAGAGGAUCAUCUCCUUCUCCGUCUUUAUCUGGUCACUCUCUGGGGUCAUCUACUUCACCUGGUUCUCACCCUUCCAGCAGGCUCCACCAUCUCCUGCUAUUUCUACUCGUACAGCCAAGAUUUUCAAGUCCUCUGCCGCAGCUGCCCCUUCUUCGCCCAACAACUUGGACGAUUCUAAAGCUUUACCGCCUUGA